CACAUUCUGGAUUAUUAUUUCUACCGCCCACGCCUGCACUGCCCUGCAUUGUCUCUCAGCCGCAUCUCGCUCUAUACCUCCGACACCUCGGAGGCUGUGCACCAAUUCCGCUGCCUUGCUGACGAAGCGGACAACAAAGCAAACACCGCGGCCGGCGACUUUUUUAUUGCAAGCAUGACUGUCCACAAGGAGCCCAUCAACGUCCGACCCGCCAGCCAGCAACGACACUCGUCUAGCACCAUGGCCGGCUCGCUCCCCAAGAACCGCCCGCACUCGCACUCGAUAUCCGCCGCCAACCUCAACCCGGCGCAUCGCGUCACACGCAGGAAGAGCAUGAGCCAGACACCUGCCACCAACGUCGCGGCCAUUGCUGCCGCGGCCAAGGGCAUGUCAGGGGCGCCGCUCGAGGGAGGUAGUAGUAAUGGCCUGCGCCGCUCGUCCAAGCCGACAUCGCAGUUCCGGGGCCCCAACAUGGCCCUCAACUCCACAAUGGCGUCGAGUAUGCCCGGCAAUGGCUCGCAGUUUGGGCCCAGCAGUUAUGGCGCCGCGGCGGCUAAAAGCGAGGCUCUCACCGACGGACCGACACUCGCAACCAUGUUGGAGCAGGACAAGGCCAACUCCAAGUCGCGGAACCGUCGCGCGAGCGAGGGCUCUCGCCUGUCCAAGGGCGACGGCAAGCGAAGUGGUAGCGAUCUGAGAUGUGAAAAAUGUGGGAAAGGCUACAAGCACAGCAGCUGUCUGACCAAGCACCUUUGGGAGCACACGCCUGAAUGGCAGUACACAUCUAAGCUGCUCAUCUCCAAGCACCAGCAGGUGCAGCUGCUCGAGGCCGCCUCGGUCCUCGUCGCCAUGAACAAGGAGAGCGACGGCGAGAACAGCGACCGCUCGUCCCCGCCCGCCUCGGGUUCGUCUGACCUGCGUGAGGAGUUGAGCUCCACUGAAACUACCCCGCCCCCGCAACUCGACGACCAUGCCGUAGGAUCCUACCCUCACUCGCACUUUGGCACCCGCUCCCUCAAGCGCUACUCAGCCAACAGCUCCGCCUACAGCCAAUCCUACCAGUCCACCGUCUUUUCCGACAACGGUAAUGGCCACCACUAUCGCCAGUGGAGCAACGUGUCCGACCGCCCCACUACGUCAGGCACCUCGGUUGCCGGCUCCUACCAUGACGAUGGCAAUGACCAUGCUGACCUCGCCGCCGCCGUCGGCUUGCUGAGCUGCUCUUACGGCACCCCCAAGACGGGACCCGUCGCGCUUCCGCCAGAUGUGCCACCUGUGCCCCCACUACCUGCAAAGUAUUUUGACCUGAAUGCCCGUACCCUGUCAGGUAGCACCACCGUUACCGCGCAGCAGUCGAGUAUGCGUAACAGCUACCGCUACCACAGCGAGAGCAAGGACGUCGACAUGGACGACGACCACUUUGCCGACGAAGAGGACUACCGCUACUCCAACUCACGCAGCCGCGGCCGCAUCGACGAGGACGAUGACGAGAUCUUCGGAAGGAUGGAGGAGUAGGAGCCUUCUGCACCCGACACGCCUUUACGACGUCCCGACAUCUCUUGACAUGUUUCUUUCCAUCGCCUCCAAUUUCACCGUACUUCCGGCCCUGUACCACAAACCAAAUACCAGCCAUUUAGCAAUCUAUCUCCGCGAAGGAGAAAGACGCAGCCUGCACACCGAGGAGAGGGCCG